AUGGAGAAGCGGCUGACAGAUAACCACUCAGACAUCUACGACCAGUCUGAUGCACAUGACCCCGAGCUUGUUCAACGUCCAAUAGAAGAGGCCAAGCGGUCGCAAAGACAUGCUAACGUCUAUGAUGCCGUUGCAGGAAGAAUCAUAUUUGACACCGCAUUGAAUGCCGCUGUUCGGGAUGAGAAGACGCCUCACGCCAUCUCCAAACCGCCCAAGCUGACUAGACAUCCCCUCAACGCUUCCGCGUUAGCUCCGGAGGAGGUUCUGUUCCGCCGCAAGUCAGCACCCGAGCGCUUUGCCGAGUUCGAUGUCUACAUGGCACAUGACCGGAACCUCGCAGAUGGCGGCCACACAUCCCUGCCAGACUCUGAUCUCCUCAAAUCGGUACACACCUAUGCGAGCUACUUUUAUUCUGCCCUUGGCGGCCCCAAGCGCAAUCUCUCGUACCAAGUCGGCGCUCGCAAUAUUGACGAAAGAAGUAUGGACGAAUCGGCCUUGAUCGCCUUGGGCAUUCUGCUCGAAGAGGCUGGCAGAGACGUCUUAGGAAGUAAAGGCGAUAUAGUCUUCACCGAGGGCCUCGAAUCAUCUGCGGAUAGCGACCCGACGGUUCAAGAACAAUGUGCUACGUCCAACACAUCAACGCAUCCUGUUUUUGGACACGUGAGCCGAGAGGCAGCCCCUGUCGGUUUUGCUGACGUUGGUUCCUGGAAAAGAGCUACCAAACGACAAAAACUGGAGCGAUUCCGAUAA